GCCUUCAAUGCGACCCGUAAACCGUCAAUGCGACACGUAAACCGUCAAUGCGACAAUAAUCACUGAGUCUCUCGAUAACAUACCGAUAUCUCGAGCCUUUCUCCCAGGGAGAGUCCUGCGCCCUGAACGGCUUACCGUGUGGUUCUCGGAUAGCUUUUCCCUAUCGACUCUUUCCCGGCCAUCACCGUUACGAAAAGCACACUCGCGAUUGAGCUCGUGCUGUAUGUUCCAGUGCCGUCGCCUUCUUGCAAUCACUCAUUCUUUGACGCGACCCUAUAACAUAAGGUUCGCCAGCGUGGACGUCGCCUUUUGCCAUGCCGAGACACGCUUAUUCCGCCGUGACGGUCAGCAUUGAUAGGUUGACAUCCGAGCAGUAUGAGGAAAAUGAUUUGGGAGGUGUGGUUGAUCUGAUCGAAGUGAUCAGAAUCCAGGACACCGGACCAACGGAGGCUGCCCGUGCAAUCCGAAAGAAGCUGAAGUAUGGCAACGUGCACCGCCAGCUCCGCGCACUCGUAUUACUCGACGCCUUGAUCCAGAAUGCCGGUUCGCGAUUCCAAAAGACCUUCGCCGAUGAGCCCCUCCUAGAGCGGCUGAGAAUACUCGCCAAGGAUGAGAUGGUUGACAAAGACGUGAGGGAUAAGGUUAAUGUUCUCUUCAAGCAAUGGGCAGUCGCAUACAAGGGGACACCCGGCCUAGAGCGGAUCGCGACGCUCUAUAAGCAACUGCCGAACACAAAGCGUCCUCAGCCCCAUCAGUCGCGAGUCGUUAGGGAGACUGAGGCAGAGGUUGAGAACGAAUCCCCGAGGUCGCCCACAACGACCAGGCCAAGGAAUCAGUCGCUGGGAGCACCAUCCUCUUCCUCUAGCAGACCCGUCACUCUGGGCCCAUAUCCCGCUCCGAGUUCAUCCCUGUUCAAGAAAGACAAGAAAACCAAAGGCAAGCCUUUCAACCUUGAAAAGGAGAAGGGGCAGUUGAUGGAGACGAUCGCAUCGGCCACGGUUGCAAGCACAAACUUGCUAAAUGCACUGCAGCUCAUGAAUCGUGAGGUGCAACGUGUAAGCGACAACCCGGAAGUCAUGAAGCAAUUCGAAUCGUGCAAGCGCCUUCGUCGUCAAAUUCUCCGUUACAUUCAACUGGUAGAGUCCGACCAGUACCUUGGGAGUCUGUUGAAUGCAAAUGACGAGCUUGUCAAAGCAUUGAUGGCUUUCGAAAUCAUGGAUAAGAGCAUCGAUGAUGACAGCGACAGCGAGGCAGAGCAGCAGUCUCCUCAGGCAACAUCCCCUACGGCGAGCAGGACGACCAGCGGAGCCGAAACGGCGAUGGCUAGCUUGAGCUUAGGUCAAAACCAGGAAUCUCCGCCUGUGAAGCCGCCCAGACCUACAAGCAUUCCGAUGCCUCCUGCAGGAAAGCAGACCCAAGUCGAAAGCGAACCGGAAGAUGAUGAGGAUGAUCCCUUUAGCGACGCGAAUGCUGUGAAAACGCCAUACGAGAGAGGCGAGCCAACUUGGAGGGAUGUGUGAAUUUCGGGGACCUGGAUCUUUUGUUUAAUCAAUACCCUUAUGACUGCAUUUUCCUAAGUGGGCGGCGAAUUCCUAGAGGUACCAUUUGCACCAGCUGAAUGUUUCAACGGCGUUAUAGAGUGAUUUCCUCAGGUGUGCACCUUGUUAUGAUGGUUCUUAUAACGCUAUAGUUUCAGUGUUGUGAGAAGAUACUGUUUCGCAGACGGUGAGGGCAACAAGCGUCAGUCUACCUCGCCCGAGUAAGGAUAUCCAAUGUACCGAGCAGGAACAACCCGACGAUGCCGAAGCAUGCUGAAUUCUAUACUAGAGGGUCUAACUCCAACGCGUAGUGCUA